ACCAGCCAAGUGGUUGGCAACUCUAAACAAAAUCAGCUGGUGCUCGCGUCUCUUAUGGCCAGGCCUAACAAAAUACUUUAUUUUUGCAUUACUAUAACUUCCCUUUACUAAAAUUAAGAGAGUUUCCUGUUCACUAUGGCUGCCAAUAUAGCUGCUGUGGCAACCGCUGCCCAGGAGGUGGACCCGGUACUCAAAAAGGCCAUCAAGCUGCUGCACUCCAGCAAUCCGACAUCGGCGUCUGAAUUGCGUUUGCUCUUGGAUGAGGCUCUGAAGGCGCGGUAUGGCCCUGAGAAAAAUCUGACUAACAACAUGUCUCAGCGCAUGAGGGAUGACGAGGGAAGUUUCCAGGGAAGAGCUGCUACUCCGCCGCAAACCAUAAACACGGACGAAAUCAUUAAUUUAACAAACUCACCGGAUAAGGAGCCCUCCGACUCGGUGGACACCAUCGCCGACUCCGAUGAUGGUCUGAGUGCAGCGGGAAUAGUGAAUACUGUCGAUACUGGAGAUUUUGGCGACCUGAAUUGUUGCGUUUGCGGCGAAAUGGUAUUCACGGCCACGAACCGGUUGAUCGAGUGCUCCAAGUGCGGCACCAUGUACCAUCAGGAAUGCCACAAGCCGCCAAUCACAAAGGAGGAGGCAGCCGACGACCAGGAGCAAAACUGGCAAUGCGACAAUUGUUGCAGCAAACCCAGCGGCAGCAGUCGAGCAGCUUCAUCUACUGCGGCGGUCACACCUACGGUUUUUAUAACCGACGAACCCAUGGGUUCCAUGCCACUAACCAGCAAAACCAAGUCUUCGGUGGCAUCUUCGCGAUCCUCCACUUCGUCGAAUUCCUCGUCGCCGUUUUACAGACCCGAACCGAGCAGCUCAACCAAUGCCAGCAGCAGUAGCAGCAGCAAACACGGCCACAAAUCAUCAUCUUCAUCCUCCUCAAAGUCUCAUAAAGAGGACCGUUCUAGCAAGUCCUCAGGAACAUCAGGACUAAGCGGGCUGGGAAGUCUAGAUAAGCACAGCAGCAGUGGCAGCGGAACCUCAUCCUCUCGCCGCAGUUCCAGUGCCAAGUCAAGCUCCAAGAGCAGCUCGUCCAAGCACCACGAAAGCAGCGGAAGCAAGCGCCGCUCGAAGCAAUAAGAGAUUUAGGAUUUUAGAUUUAAGUAAAAAAAAGCAGUGUAAGCUUUUUAUUUUUGUAAACAAAAUAUUUUCGAAAUAGGUGGAUUUAAAAUUAACAAUGUAAACUGCAAAUUAAAAUGAGUUUAUGAAAAUUUAAA